CUAAGGCCUGGCCAAUCGCCGGGCACACCGCGUGCGCCCUUGGUUGCCCCGGGAAACCUAACAGCCUGCAGCCGGGGUCCGCUGCCCUGGCGGUGGGAGAUGGACAGCCCCUCGGAGCGCACUAGGGACCCGGAGGGGGAAGACGAAGAUGCGGAAAGCCUGGCCUCGCGGUCUUCCGAGAUCAAGACCAAAUCUGGCCUCCAGGCCCCCGGCGAGCCCGAGCCCGAGCCGGAGCCCCAAGCGGAGGCAGAGGCGGAGAAGGAGGUAGAGGCUUCGCGGGGAGGCGCCGCCGCGGACGAGCAGGCCGAGACCCCGGCAGGGCGGGCGGCCACCGAGGCUGCGGGCAGGGAGGGGCCUGGAGAGCCGGGGUGGCCGGCCAAGCCCGAGGCCGCGGCGGAGGAGCCAGCCAAGCCGGGAUCCGAAGCCGUGCCCGAGGAACCGGAGAAAGAGGACGAGGCGGAGGAGGAAGAGAAGAGUGGGGACGGGGAGGAGGCGGCGGCGGGCGGGAAGAAGGAAGCCGGGUCCCAGGCCUCCCUGCUGCCGACCACGACCGGCGAGGAAGAGGCUACUCCAGCCCGGGAGGAGGCCGAGGAAGAGACGCAGGAGGAGGAGGGAGAGGAGGAGGAGGAGGAGGAGGAGGAAGAGAGUGAGGACAGAGAGGGGAAGGGUGGGGAAGGCCGCGCGGCGAAACGCGGGAAGGAGGCGGCGUACAGAGACAGUGAGGACUACGAGUGGUCCGAGGAGAUCCAGAAGCUGCAGGAGCAGCAGCUGCGCAGCGAGCUCCUGGAGCAGUACCGCUCCCUGCUGGUGGAACGGAACCGCUGCCAGCGCUACAACGUGUGCCUGCAGCACAAGAUCUGCGAGGCGCUGCGCAAGAAGAAGGGCCUGGAAGCCGCAGAGGUGCCCGAGAAGGGCGCGGAGACCGAGGCCCCCGAGAAGGAGCAGGUGUACAUACGCUAUCUGGCCAUGCUGGAGGAGCUGAAGAAGCAACAGGCAGACGACCUACAAUGGUACCACCAGGAGCUGGCCCAGCUGAAGAAGCAGGGCCAGGAUAAGAUCGCCAGGGUGGAGAAGGAGUGGCGAGGCUUCCAGGCACUCAAGAAGCAGGUGGUCAUGCAGGCCAUGGGCAGCUGUCGGAUGCGGGGCGGGCGCCAGGCCGCUCUGCGGGAGGUGGAGGCGAUCCAGGCGUUGGAGGAUAAAAAGAUGAAGGAGAUGAGCGCUGUACGGCUGGAGAACGUGCAACUGAAGCAAAGCCUGGUGCACUUUGAAACCAGGAUGAGGGCCCAGGAGGACUUGACAGAGGGUCUGCUCCUCAUUGAUUGUGAACAGCUUAAGAUUGAGAACCAGACCUUAAAUGAGAAAGUCGAGGAACGAAAUGAGGAACUUUUAAAACUGCGCAACAAAGUGACCAACAAUGUGCAAAUAAUAACCCAUGUGAAGGAGAAGCUGCACUUUAUGGAUAUGGAGAAUGCACGCAAAAAGGAACAGCUUUUGGAAAUUGAGGCUCAGGUAGCCCUAGGAAGAGACAUCUUGACCAAGACGAAGCAAGCCCGAGACAGCCUGCGGGUUGACAACAUCAAGCUGGAUCAGAAGUGUGGGCUUCUGGGCAAGGAAUCACUCCUUCGGGACUUGGAAGAAAAGGUGGAAAAGACGGAACUGCUCAAGCAGCGCCUGGAAUCCCUGAAGCGCCAUCAUGCUGGGCUUACUUUGUCCUGCAGAGGCCUGAGGCAGAAGAUAAGGGAAGCCAAAGCCUUUCUUCCCUCUUGAUACAAUUGAUGUGAAGAGUCAGCAAAACAUUUUCACUCUUGGCAUAUGUCCUUCUUUAACUUUUAUUUUCCAUUUCGUGCCAUUCUUUAUUAGGCCUGUGGUAUUUGGGAUAGAAAUAUAUUUUAUAUUUAUCUCAUAAUUGUUCAGCUUCCAAAUGAGUGCUGAGCACAAAAUUGGGUCAGCAGUUAGUUUUAUAUGGGAUUAAGCUAAAUAGGUCCAGAGAAACAAACAACAGGGUUGAUUUCAUGUAACUGACUUCUCAUGAAAAGCUGUGGAAAGUCUUUUUAUAUCUGAGCAAUUCUGUAAUUUCAACGACAGAACUAAGGAGUACUGUUCCUUUUCCAUAUGUUAGGAGGAUUUAAAAGUUCAAGGAGGGUGGGGAGGAGAAGGGGUACAUUUGGGCAGGGUACAAAAAUAUUCUUGUCCAUUAAGAUAAUUAUUAAACUCUCUUUGGAUUUA